AUGGAGCAGGCAAUUCCACUCCUCGACGACCUCGACAGCCCGUGUGAAGGCAGGCCUCCUCCGCACCAUGGACUCGGCGUUCCCGAGCGCCGGAAAUCUCAACGAUGGAUCCAGUUCAAAGCCUUCUCGUCACGCGUCCUCAUUAGCCUCCUGCCGACAUACAUCCAGCCCGGUGGCCGCUGUAAGAGAGAGGAACUCCAUCCCACCGCGUACCUCGACGCGCUGCGCGGCUACGCGGCCCUGAUCGUCUUCUUCUACCACGCCUUCCCGCUCCCUAGCAUGUGGCUGUUCCAACAGCCGUUCUUCCGCGUCCUUUUCCGCGGUGGACCGGGUAUGGUGGCCGUGUUCUUCGUUAUCUCGGGCUACGUGCUCAGCUACCGCAUGCUGAAGACGAUCCACAACAAAGACGCGGCCAAACUGCUCGAUAGUCUCGCGUCAUCGACCUUCCGCCGGUGGCUGCGGCUGUACGGGUCGACGGGCGUGGCGACGUUCAUCGCCAUGGUGCUGACGCGGCUAGGCUGGUUCUGGCCGCACGCGUCUGACCGGAAAGACACGCUGCUCGAACAAAUCUGGGACUGGUUCCAGGACUGGCUCGAGUCGAGCAGCCCGUUCGUCAACAUCGAGGGCUGGGUCCACGCUGGGGUAUUCCGCUCGCGCUACCUGUACCAGAUGUGGACCAUCCCCGUCGAGUACCGGGGUAGCAUUGCACUCUUCAUGUUCUGCGCCGCGUCCUGUAAGCUCUCGAGCCGGUCCCGACACGUUUUCUUAUGGCUGGUGGUGGUUCUGUCCUACUACUGGCGGGCGGUCUACAUCGCCGAGUUCUUGGUGGGCAUGUUCAUCGCAGACCUGUCGCUGAUGCGGCACCCCGAGCGGCUCGGACGACCUCUUUUGCCGUGUGCUCCUCCUCCUCCUCCUCCUCCCGCUCAGGACAACAACUGCAUCGAGAAACCGAAUCCCUCCCCAGCCUGGUGGCGCCGCGCCGCCUUCUCCAAGAUUUUCUGGAUCUUCGUUUUCACGACGGGCUUCUUCCUCCUCGGCCAACCGGACGACCCCGACCGUAACCCGGUGAUCCCGUACCCGUGGCCGUACCUCCUGCGCCUGGUACCGUGGUGGUAUGGCGAGGCAAUGUACACGUUCUGGGUGAGCGUCGGGGCGGGCUUGCUGGUGCUGGGGCUGGACCACUCGCCGACGCUGCUGCAGGUGCCGCUGACGUGGUCGUUCUCGCAGUACAUGGGCGAGCUGUCGUUCGGUAUCUACGCCAUGCACAUUUUGGUUGUCGAGAGCCUGCACAAGCCCGUCCUCGAGCCCUGGCGCCAGGCGUACCUGGGCGAAUCGGCCGCCGCGUGCUUCGUCAGCGAGGCCUUCGCAACCGCCGCCGUGCUCUGGGCCGCUGACUACUUCACCCGCGCCGACAAGACAGUGGUGCGGUUCGGGCGGUGGGUCGAGGCGCGGACGUUUGAGAAAUGGUAG